AUGAAGUUGUCCGUCCUUGCCGCCGGCGCUUUGCUCGCUGGCAGCGCCAUGGCCUCACUAGAUCCUAUCAUCUCCUACGGAAGCAAGUUUUUCUACAAGACAAACGGAACCCAGUUCUAUAUCCGCGGUGUUGCCUACCAGGAGCCAUCGACCAGCUCGUCCAGCUUCAUUGAUCCGUUGGCAGAUAUCUCUACCUGCGAGCGUGAUAUCCCCUACCUGACGGCCAUCCGCACCAACACCAUCCGUGUCUAUGGCGUACAGGCCAACAACACUCAUGACGACUGUGUCAAUGCAUUCGCUGAUGCUGACAUCUACAUCAUUAUUGACCUGGGCUCUCCCACCGAGGCAAUCAACCGUGACAGCCCUACUUGGGAUACUAGCCUGUACCAGCGCUACACCGACGUCAUUGACGCCUUUGGCAACUACACCAACGUGAUCGGAUUCUUUGCCGGAAACGAAGUCUCCAACACGGUCAACACGACUGCUGCUAGUGCAUUUGUCAAAGCCGCCGUUCGCGACUCCAAGGCUUACGUCAAAGAGAAGGGCUAUGAGAAGGGUGUCGGCUACGCUGCUGCCGACGCCUCGAGUAUUCGUGACAACCUGGCCGACUACAUGAACUGUGGUACUUCCGAUGACUCGGUCGAUUUCUUCGGUGACAAUGUUUACGAGUGGUGCGGUGACAGUGCCACCUACACAAGCUCGGGCUACAACAUAAUCAACCAAAACUUUUCCACCUACUCGGUACCUUACUUUUUUGCCGAGUACGGUUGUAACAGUGUCUCACCUCGUACUUGGAACAACAUCGAAGCCAUGUACGGCUCUGACAUGGAAGACAUGCUUAAUGGCGGUAUUGUCUACGAGUACUUUCAAGAUACUAAUUCAUAUGGACUGGUUUCUGCUACGGGCAGUAGUGUCAGUAAGCUUUCUGACUACACCUCUUUCUCCAGCGAAAUCGCCAAAGCUACCCCUACUGGAACGGUGAAAUCCAAAUACACGCCGACCAACACUGCUCUUCGUUCCUGCCCAACAGUUGACGCCACCUGGCAAGCUGCUUCUGCUCUUCCUCCGACGCCCGACGCUAGUCUCUGCGAGUGCAUGUAUAACAGCUUGACCUGUGUUGUCCGAGAUAGUGUGGAUACUACGGACUACGGCGACCUCUUUGACUAUUUCUACGGUCUAGACGGCGGCAAGUACGUCGACGGUGUUAGCGCAAAUGGCACCAGCGGCGUAUACGGUGGUUACAGCAUGUGUUCGUCCAAGCAACAGCUGGCCUGGGCGAUGAACGCAUACUACGAAGCUCAGGACGGCUCAUCCUCUGCCUGCGACUUUAGCAGCAAGGCUUCUACCAAGGCAGCCACUUCUGCCACUGGCACGUGCUCCAGUCUGAUGGCUUCGAUUGGCACUGCGGGUACCGGAGCUGUCUCUUACACUGUUUCUGCCACUGGCUCUGGUUCUGGCAGCUCCUCCAGUUCUUCUGGUGCCGCUUUCCCUGUAUUUUCAUCGACUCCCAUUUUCGUCGGCAACUGGCAAUUUGGUGCGUACAUUGUGGCUGCCAUUUUCAGCGGUGCUGCCAUGCUUGUGCUUUAG